AUGUCUAUUCGAUUGAUCGAGGUUAAAACGAUGCAACUGAAGUUUUUCAACAGCCAAAAAGCCCCUCGAUAUGUCAUUCUAUCUCACACCUGGGUCGAGGGCGAAGAGGUCAGCUUCCAAGAGAUGAGCCAGAUUGCCGAAGGCAUCAGCCACAUUGCUAAGCGGAAGUCUGGUUACCGGAAGAUCUGGGAGACUUGUCGUCAAACUACAUGGGAGACAUGA